AUGAAGGCAGUGGAAGCGGUGACUAAACAACUGGGACAGCUUGAAAAACGAGGCUACGACUUUGUUCUACUGCUCAAAUCACCAUGUGCUAAUUCACAAAACACAGAGGGAGAAGGAACUCGCGUUGUCUGCUCUGAUGGGAUGAAUCCCCUCUUACUCGACCAACUUCAUGAGGUAUUCUGUAACGAGACGAGAGUGGGUAUCGAGACAAUAUCUGAAAGAUCAAGCAUUCCUACUAAAGUUUUAUACCUGCAGGACAAGCAAGCGGUAAAUAGAUAUUUCCACGAAGUAUUUAAAACCCUCAAGCAGUUGCCUCGAAAGACAAUCGCCAAAUUGUGGAUCAGAAUUAUAGAGCCGAGAAAGAAAACCAAGUUCCCUUACGUGAAAGGUAAUAAUUCCAAGCCUUCUUGGUGGCCUGAAGAUGUAGAUCACCGAGAACCUGAUCAUUUAAAAAGAGUAGAGUGCAUUAAACUUAUGACUGCAAUUCUAGCUGACUUUAUUCCUUCUUUGAAUGAUCCGACGACAUUUCAUGAAAUUAGAAGAUCCACCGAAUUGCCAAGCCUUUUCAAAAAUGACAAAUUCAAACAAAGUGUUCUUGAAGACGCAUACAAAGUAUGCUGGGGUUUAUUUUCAAAACAUACUGCCGUAACUGUUUUUGAUCUAGAGAAGGCUGUUACCAAUAAAAGCACUCGGUUAAACGAGAAGAGAAGCAAUCACCGCCCUGCACCUCUUGAAGAGGACGACAAGGAAUAUCUGCAAUUAGUUGAGUGUGAUAAAGUAUCUUCCCUUACCCCACAAAAUUACUGCACCGAUGUCACAACAGUUUUUAGUCCGAAAUUCGUCGGCCCCAGCGAUUUCAUUUCUUCUAGUACAUCAUGCGUGUAUGGCGAUUAUGUACAAUGUGAGCCCCUGACUCCCUCAUCGCAAAGUUUAUCUUGCUAUCCUUUUGAGACCAUUCAUCCAUAA